AUGGCUUCGCCCACGCAGAUCCACGUCGACGCCGACAACACAGGUCUCUGGCGUAUUCAGCAAACGCCGGAAGCGUCGGACCGCGUGUCCUCGCUGCUCCAGCAGGACCUCGAGACGCACCAUGUCUUUUUUAACAAUGAUGGCUUCCACAACCACAUCACGCACCACCUGCUGAGCCUCUACGGAACGGGUGCCGAUGCCAGUGCCAUCCAAAAAGGCUACGACGACAAUAAGGGAUACCAGCGCAAGGCCAGGCCCGUGCACAAUCCCAAGGAAGGCGGCGAGCCUCCGGGGACUGCGACCGGGCCGGUCGCCGACGACUGGUAUGAGACUACCGCGCCCCAGCACCUCGGACACGAGUCGUACUAUCCAGACUUUUUACGUUUCUUUCAGCACGACAUUGCACGCCGCGACGAGGAGGCGAAUAAGGCCGGCAGCAACCUGGUCGGCUGGGAGGCCGUGCUGCGCGACCGCGUAUUUUCCGGCACGCCGGCUGCCGAGGAUCUGCGGACACGCCUUUUUGCGGGGUUCUUGCAUCCGCUGAUCCAGCUCAUGUACGGCAUCGAGUGGGGCGAGCCGGCGAUUGUGGCUCAGGGUCUGGCCCAGGCCGCCGUCCACAAGCACCAGGGACUCGACGACGUGUUGUACAGCAUGGAAAGGGCGGCAGACUCCGAGAAGGCCAAGACGACGGGGCACGUCAGCAUUCUGUCCCUCUUCCAAGAGGUCGCCCAGUCGCCCCAGCUGUCGUCGGCCGCGCACUGGGACGACCCCAACAAGAUGCGCAACGGCGUGUUGGCGCGGGCCCUCAAUGAAAUGGUGGCCGUGGCCGCAAAGGUCUCCGUCCCGGCAACGGAAGAAGGGCUGGCCGCGCGGACGGCCGAGAUGGCCGAGGCGUGUCUCUACGUGGCGUCGUCGGCCGCGCUGCAACAUCCCACCAAGUACAUAAAAUUUGAUUUCUUCCUGAUACACCAUGUCAACUCCGUCCCUUUCUUCCUGGCAAUAAACUCCUUUGUGUGGCUUUCGGUCGAAGCCAAGGCCCGUCUGCUCGAGUGGAAAAUCCGCCUGGACCUCGUCCAGUACGCAUCACGGGCGUGCCCGCCGCUGCUCGAAGUUUCCAAGCUCGAGGCGUACAGGUCGCCCCCGUCCAGCAACGCCUCUGCUCAUCCGGCGGCGGAUGGGCCCUCGACGACGAACAACAGCAUCUCGCCCGAGGCCACGGCGGCUGCCGCCCGCCUGUUUCACAUGGAGGAGGACGGGCAUGCCAUCAAGCUGGUCCGCGCCACCGGACUCAUCGAGCGCGAAGUACGCAAGUCGCUGUUCACGGGAACGCCUUGCCGCCUCCUCAACUCCGAUCGCGUCUGGGAGGCCCUCUACCGUCUGGAGACGGACUCGGUUUUUGCGCCAGGCAAUACCUAUGUGCGGACCACCGGUCUGGAGCAGGCCUGGGAAGAUAUUCCAGACAUCUCCAAGUAG